CCAGUAAAACAGCUGUUGGUUUUUCCCAUGUUUAUAAGUAUUUAUUUAACUACCGUACAAUAGUCAUAUUGGAUACAAUGAUGUAAAAUGUAGGUGGCUGAGCAACCUGAUAUGGUGCAGACAGCCGAGACGACCACCGCGGCACCUGCAUACCUCCUAGUGGACGUACGUGAGGCGACCGCGUACAGCACCAGCCACCUGAUCACAGCCAUAAACCACCCGUCAUGUCGGCUGGGCCGUUCCAUCAACUGGGAGUGCAGGGAGCUGCUGCAGUACCGCAACCACCCUGACCACAUCAUCAUUGUGUACGACUAUGCUGAGGACCUUGCCCCUGAGUAUGCAGCCACCCUGGUGCACCGUGGAUACGUCAAUGUCUUCCUUCUAAGUGGUGGACUGCGACUGGCACAAGACAAAUUCUCCUAUCCUCUUGUGGUGACCAAAGCUGAGGCUAGGGCUCGUGCUGCAGAGAUGCCAACAUCUCAUAUGGACACAUCGAUGGUCGAAGGAGAAACAUCUAGAAUGAAUUUAAUAGCUUCUGGUAAGGAUAUGAACAAGGAUGAUGAGGUUGAAGGUACAUCCAGCAUAUGCUUGUUUAACUUGCGCAACGAGCGUCUUCCGGAGGAUGUCAUUACAAACCUCGCCGCCCAGCUGGCCACGGUCUACGUGCCGCCCCUCACCCUGGGUGAGGGAUCAUCCUCGUGGGGCUCGGCCCCUUCAACAAGUCGCACUGCUGGUGGGCGGCGACCCAAUGUGCCCUCACUUCGACCUGCAGGUCGUGGUUUGUCCAAGUCGAGGGUCUAGCCAUCUACUGUUCUGGGUGUAGCCU